UGGUAUCUGCGAGCUCACACUUUGAUCGGAAAUGAGUUUCAAACAUGGCAUUGCCGAUUUUCGGUUCUGUCCUGACUCGGAACGAGAAGUGUCAGUAACUAGGCGUGUACUCCGUCCGCAAAAGACACGGGCAACCCAUGACAAUACCGAAGCCGGGGUAUCCCAGUCCCUCUCUGAGAUACCCGAAUGCCUCGAUGACGACAUCCCUGCGUCAACGAGAAAGCGUAAAAGAAAACCGGAAGAUAAUAAAACACAAGAGGGUGACUCGAUAGCAGCGGUAUCCCCAAAGCCCAGGCGCACGAACAAGAAACCAAAGCGAGGGUAUGCGGAUCCGGAGGUAUACGCUCAUCUCCAUCUCCUUCAAGAUUAUCUACAAGAAAAUCUCGACGUCGUUUUUUGUGGUAUAAACCCGGGUUACAUGUCUGCCGAGACAGGUCAUCAUUUCGCAAAUCCGACGAACCACUUCUGGCGCUGCUUGUAUCAUUCAGGAUUGACCUCGACCUUGUUGCCUCCAUCCGAGGACUAUUCAUUGCCUGAAAGGUACAAUCUUGGUCUGGUAUUUAUGCCCCUCCACCGUAAUUUUUCCUUUCUGUCGCUCACGAACAUGGUAUCGCAGACCAAUAUUGUGGAUAGGCCGUCUGCAGAGGCAGCGGAGCUCUCGAUGUCAGAAAUGAAGGCUGCAAUUCCAGUCUUCCUUAGAAAGAUCUCCCGCUACAGGCCGCGUUUCGUCUGUUUCGUGGGGAUGAGGAUAUGGACAGUAAUCAGGAAAGCCCUGGGUCAAUUGCAGCUAUCUUCCGGUUCGUGUUCCUCCGAAUCCCAAGGUGGGGGAGAUAGGGAACGCAAGGCCAGAAAAAAUGGAAAGGGCAGCGGGAACGGAAGUAAACAAGAAAAGGACCGCUUGGGGUUGCAGCCGUACAAGCUCGUCUAUCCAGCCGAGGCCGGGAGGCUGGCAAGUGAGACAUUCUUUUUCGUGGUCCCCAGCACCUCUGGGAGAGUCGUGAAAUACCAAUUCUCCGAUAAAAUCAGCUAUUUUUCUGAGCUACACGAGUUACUUCGGAAGUCACCGUCUGCGAUUGGCGCCCAAAAUAUGCUGCCAAUAUCAGUAGAGACGCUUGGACAAGAUAUGUGAACUCGAAUUAUUCCUAUCAAUCUGCGGUAUUCAAGUUGGAACAUCUAAACAUCUAUCUAGCAUGGUUGUUGUACUAAGCAUCGUAACGAUCCACCAGAUGGUUCACCUAUGUGGCAGAGAUGUUUUGUUGAGUCCUUUUCUGUUAUCUAUCCUACUGCCAUUAGGUGCGGACGAAGACAGUGUAGGAGAUCACGCC